UAGAUACAGAGGACAUAGGUGUUAGUGUUUAUUCCAAACAAAUGGCUCUACAAAUAUUUUCUCCUAAAAUUCAACAGCCAUUGAAGUCCAUUAUUCCUUCUUGUACUUCUUCAAGUAAUGGGCGCAGUGUCUUUUUGCCUUGCGCUUACAGUCCAUCUCGUAGGAUUGCUUUAUUUCAACUCAGUACAGCUAUCACUCAAUCACAGCUAUUCAAUGGAAAAGCACCUGAAUCCAUUGACGCUGAAGGGAAGGUGAUUGAAACUGGAACUAUCGCUGAACUGGCGCAGUCAAAUACUGCCCUAAGUGAUGAAAAUGCAUCAGAGUGGAUCAAGAAGGACAAAAGAAGAAUGCUCCAUGCUGUUUAUCGUGUUGGGAAUUUGGACAAGACGAUCAAAUUCUACACAGAAUGCUUGGGAAUGAAGCUGUUAAGGAAACGAGACAUACCAGAGGAGGGUUAUUCAAAUGCUUUUCUUGGUUAUGGACCUGAAGAAACAAAUUUCGCCGUUGAACUUACUUACAACUAUGGAGUUGACAAGUAUGACAUUGGAACUGGUUUUGGUCAUUUUGGAAUUGCAGUUGAGGAUGUUGCUAAAACGGUAGACCUAGUAAAAGCUAAAGGAGGGACCUGGAACCUGGUCCAAUCAAAAGUUGGAGGAACUAUAAUUGCCCUCGUGGAAGAUCCUGAUGGCUACAACUUUGAGCUUUUACAGAGAGGGCCUACUCCUGAACCUUUCCGUGAAGUAAUGCUUCGUGUAGGAGAUCUUGACCAGUCCAUUAAUUUCUAUAAGAAGGCAUUUGGCAUGGAGCUUCUUCGUAAAAGAGAUAAUCCUGAUAACAAAAACAGAAUAGCCGUCAUGGGUUAUGGACCUGAAGACAAAAAUGCAGUUCUGGCAUUGACAUAUACCUAUGGUGUCAAAAGCUAUGAUAAAGGAAAUGGCUAUGCUCAGAUUGCAGUCGGAACAAAUGAUGUCUACAAGACUACAGAAGCUAUAAAACUGUAUGGAGGGGAAAUUGUGCUUGAACCUGGACCGUUGCCGGGCAUCAACACCAAGAUCAUGGCAUGCGUCGAUCCUGAUGGUUGGAAGACAGUGUUUGUUGAUAAUGCUGAUUUUAUGAAGGAAUUAGAGUGAACAUAUACAGUAUCACCUCAAACACCUCAAUCCCGCUUUUUGCUUCUGAAGAAAUAGUCACAGUUUGUCCAGUGAUAUCAUUCAGAUCAUCUAGUCCAGCAUUAACCAAGGAUAGAUCAUUGCAGUGCCAUUUUUCAAUAUGUAAUCUAUCCCUAUAUAUAGAUGUAACAGCUGAAAUAAAUCCAUUACUUCUCUGGUUUGAUGUCUUAUUUUAGAGUUUUAAAGUCACACUAAAAGCUACUACUUCAA